CGGACGAGUAAACAACAGCAUCUGAGCGCAGCCGGUAUAACCAUGGCGGCAGCCGGCGCAGCAGCGCAGACCUCAUUCGUCUCCGAACCCGUAAGUCACUCCAUCAAGCAGGUGCCUGCCAUCGCGUCGCUCGGCCGGCCAUGAAAGUCUCUCCAGGGCUGACGCUGGCGCUACUCGCCCAGGUUGCCGCGGCCGCCCCGGGCCCGGCGCAAAACUCGACCUACUACAACCCGGUGCUGCCCGGCUGGCACUCGGACCCGUCGUGCGUGCACGUGGACGGCAUAUUCUACUGCGUGACAUCGACCUUCAUCUCGUUCCCCGGCCUGCCCAUCUACGCAUCGCGUGACCUCAUCAACUGGAAGCACGUCAGCCAUGUGUGGAACCGCGAGUCCCAGCUGCCCGGCUACAGCUGGGCCACCGUCGCCCAGCAGCACGGCAUGUACGCGGCCACCAUCCGCUACCGCGCCGGCACCUUCUACGUCAUCUGCGAGUACCUCGGCGUGGCCGGCAAGGACGCCGGCGUGCUGUUCCGCACGACCAACCCCUUCGACGACGCGGCCUGGAGCGACGCGCUGACCUUCCCCGUGGACAAGAUUGAUCCGGACCUGUUCUGGGACGACGAGGAGGACAACAACAACAACAUCAACAACAGCACCAGAAACACCAACACAACCGACGAAAACAAAGCCUACGUCGCCACCCAGGGCAUCCAACUGCAAGAACUCGACCUGACCACCGGCGCCAUCACCCGCCCCACCUCCCUCUGGAACGGCACGGGCGGGGUCUGGCCGGAGGGCCCACACCUCUACAAAAAAGACGGCUACUACUACCUGCUGAUCGCCGAGGGCGGCACGGCGCUGGACCACUCCAUCACCAUGGCGCGCCUGCACCGCCUCACGCAGCGGUCCGCGCCGGAGCCGGCCCCGGCCAACCCGGUGCUCACCAACCGGGGCACGGACUCGUACUUCCAGACGGUGGGGCACGGGGACCUGUUCCAGGACGGCGCGGGCAACUGGUGGGGCAUGGCGCUGGCCACGCGGUCCGGCCCCGCCUACAAGUCCUACCCGAUGGGCCGCGAGGCCGUGCUGUUCCCCGUCACCUGGCGCACGGGCGAGUGGCCCGUCAUGCAGCCGGUGCGCGGCCGCAUGAGCGGCUGGCCGCUGCCGCCGCGGAGCAGGGACGUGCCCGGCUCGGGGCCGUUCAAUGGCGAUCCGGACGUGUAUGAUUUCCCCGUGGGCGAGCCGCUGCCGCGGAAUCUGGUGCACUGGCGGGUGCCGCGGCCGGGGACGUUCACCGUGACGGAGAAGGGGUUGGCGGUGGUGCUGGGGCGGAAUGAUCUGACGGGCUGGCCGAAUGACGGGGAUCCGGAGGAGGGCGGGCGGGCGGUGUCGUUUGUGGGGCGGCGGCAGACGCAUAGUUUGUUUCGGUUUGGCGUGGACUUGGACUUUGCGCCGCGCGAGGCGGGCCAGGAGGCCGGCGUGGUGGCGUUCCUGACGCAGGCGGCGCAUGUGCAGCUCGGGGUUGUGAUGGGGGAGGAGGGCAAACUGAGCUUUCGGUUUAACGGGACGUCGCCGGACGGGGAGGCGACGCUGAGCGAGGUGCCGGCCGCGUGGGCGGGCAAGCCGGUGCGGUUGGAGAUCGAGAUGGCGGAAGAGCCGACCGAGUACACGUUUUCGGCGAUGCUGGCGGCCGACGAGGGCAGCAGGGUGGUGGUGGGCAAGGCGUCGGCGGAGCUGCUGAGCGGCGGGUCUGGGUCGUUUGUGGGCACGCUGCUUGGGAUCUAUGCGACGUGCAACGGUGCCGGCUCGGGAGUGGACUGCCCCAGUGGGACUCCCAAGGCGUACUUCAGGCGGUGGAGGUACACGGGCAUUGCGCAGUAUAUCUCGGCUGACGAGAAAAUCCCGAGCAUCGUGGACAGCCUCGGGCAGGAGGAGACAUAACGGUGCAGCUUUAGGUAGUCAUACCUCAUUGAAUGACCCAGGACAAGAUCUGACCUACCCGGCCAAGGUACGCGUAUUUCACUGAUUCAUCACACUUAC